AUGGUUAUCCCAACCCUGGCCAACGCACCCACCAUUUCCACGUCGUAUGUAGCUCGUGAUAACAAUUUCCCGCUCCCUACCCUGCUGGUGGCCAAUGUCCGUUCUAUAAUUAAUAAAAUAGACGAACUAGAGUUGGUAGCUCAAAUUAACCAAGUUGAGGUCAUAUGCAUUACUGAAUCUUGGCUUAACACCUCUGUUGUGGACUCGAUGAUUUCGUUAUCGAACUUCAUCCAAUUCAGAAAUGAUCGCACAUACUCCUGCGGUGGCGGCGUUUCCAUUUAUAUUAAAGAAGAAAUUUACUGUAGGAGGCUCGAGCAUUUCGAGGAUUCAGCCAUUGAAUCCCUAUGGUUACUACUUAGACCUAAGCGUUUACCAAGAUCUAUAUCCGCUCUUCUACUUGCAGUCAUUUACCACACCACCGCCUCCGGCGCCAACGAGAACUUUGAACUGUACAACCAUAUCCAGCGUAAUGUCGAAUCCUUCCUUUCUCUGCAUCCUGAUGGUCUCGUGUUUGUGACUGGGGAUUUUAACCCUGUCAGUACAUUAUUUGAUGAAAAACGGUUGAAAAGAUUGUCUGGUUUAACUCAAAUUAUUAAUGUCCCAACACGUCACAACGCCAUAUUGGAUUGGUGUCUCACAAAUGCCAAGAAAGUCGUUUUUGAUGUAAGCCAGCUUCCUCCUAUUGGCUCGAGCGACCAUAAUGCCAUUUUAAUAAAACCCCAUAAAGAUCGUCUGGAGAAUUCGUGUAAUAAACGAGUAUGCAAAAGAGAUUUAAGAGAUAGCAGUAUAAGACAUUUUGGUCAGACUAUUACAUCUACCGAUUGGACGGAGAUAUUCAAAAUACCUGAUCCUAACAUGAAGUACCGGAGAUUUAAUGAGGUAGUUUCUGCAAUGAUGGAUUGUUUUUUCCCCAAUAAACCAACUAGUGUUAGGGAAUCUGAUAAACCAUGGAUGACGUCAUCGCUUAAGUCCUCCAUUAGUAAGCGACAAAAAUCACUUUAUAAGUACGGAAGAAAUUCACAAGCAUAUAGAUUUUGGCGCAAUAGAGUUCAACGGGAUGUUAAAGUGGCACGUAGAAAGUACUAUGCAAAUUCCGUGCAGCAGUUGAAAAGUGCAAACCCUUCCAGAUGGUGGAAAGAGGUUAAAUCCAUAGGUGGCCUCUCUUCUCGGGAAUCGUGGGUACAUCAACUACUUUCUGAAGUAAACCCCACCUGUGAGGACCUUGCUGAGUCAUAUAACGGAUAUCUUGUUGGACUUACUUCGCAUUUUAAACCCUUGUUAGAAUGCACCGAUGACCAGGAGACAGAAGUUCCCAACCAUCUACUCGUAAAUAUAGGGCAAGUUUAUUCAGUGUUGCGACGUCUUAAAACGACGAAGUCUCCUGGCCCAGACGGUAUCCCAAAUAGGAUCCUGAAAACCUUCGCUUUUGAAUUUGCCCCUAUCAUAAUGGACAUAUACAAUACAUCAGUGCUCCAGGGAGUCUUCCCUGAUCAGCUAAAACGUUCUAUCGUCGUUCCCAUUCCAAAAGUGUCACCACCUCAGACUAUUGAGGACGAUUUAAGACCUAUAUCACUCACAGCUCAGGUAUCUAAAGUGAUGGAAGGAUUUAUGCUACAGUCCCUCAUGUCGGAAGUGGGUCUUAAAUUGGACCCAAAGCAAUUUGCUCUUCCGGGAAAGUCAACCACUCAGGCACUCGUUUAUCUCCUCCACUUGAUUCAUGCUGCUUUAGAUCAAGGCCACUGCUCUGUAAGAAUCUUUUUUGCUGAUUUCAAAAAAGGUUUUGAUCUCGUCGACCAUAAUGUCAUUAUUGAUGAACUUUUAAAAUUACAA